AUGGCGGACACGAACCGACGCAAAGGGGGGCACAGCCACAAUCCACCGCCGCCCCAGCAGCAGCUCCAGCAGCAGUUCUCGGUCUACCCGCAACCAAUCAUGCACGCCUCGCAGCAGAACCCCUACCCAUCCCCCUACCAGCAACAUCAACCGCAAUCGUACCAGCAACAUCAGCCGCAGUCGUACCAGCAACAUCAGCCGCAACAUAGUCAAGCAGCCGGCGUUUCUACCAAUCGCAACCCUUUAUAUCGGAAUGCAGGAGCUUCGACAUCAAGCAGUAAUAGCCGGCCAGGAGGUGUAAAGUCCGCCAUAUCUGGCGCCAAGAUGGGGAUCAAGAGCGGCAUGACGGUCGAAGAGCUCAAGCGACUGACCCAGAAACGGAUACAGCAGUCAACAGCAAGUGCUCGUCUUAAUAGUAGUAACCCCGCAACGCCCACGGCUACUGCUGCUGCUGAAGGCUUCUCAGCCUCAAGACCUGCGACGCCCAGGAUUAAUGUGGCGCUGGUGCAAGCCACGUCGACGCCGGCGGCAGUUGCGACGCCACCUGUUGUGCCGAAAACGGGCAUGUCGGUACAGGAGCUUAAGCAGCUGACGGCGCUGCGUGUCGCGUCGCAGCAUGUGCCAGUGCACGCCAGCGAAGUGACGGGACUCGUGAGCAAGGCAGUGCUGCACAACGCUGCCAAGUCGCACUAUCGAGAGACAGCAGGACGCAACUUGCUCACACCGGAACAGACGGCGAAGCGCUCGCAUCACACGCGAAGCAACAGCAGUACGCAGCUUGGCAGUUCACAGUACGCUGGCUUUGGAACCGAUCUGAUUCAUAGUCAUGGACCUUUGAGCUCGGGAUCAGGAGAGGCACGUGGACACCGCAGUCGGUCCCGUAGCUCCCAGUUGCCGAAUGCCGACUCAUUGGACGACAAUAUGACGAUGCGCUACUCUUACACGAGCGGUCAGACACCCGAGGACUACUACGCUUCGUACGACUUUGGAAGAGUUGACGGUGACAAUUCGAUCUCCUCUCAUGGAUCGGACUCGGGUUGUGGCAGUCUCAAUGAUGGUAAAGCUUCUGGCCGCAACUCGUCACUUCAGUUCUCCCAGGACUCGUUCCCUCCACCACCGCCUAUGGGCGAAUGUGGUGGCUUUGUGUCGACAGCAUUACCUUCGUGGUCGCCUCCUCCGGCUCGAACGAAGAAGCUCAGCAGUUCUGCAAGUAGCGGCGCUACAUUCUACAGCCAGCAAACAUCUUAUUAUAACACCACGUCGGCGGAGGAACCAGCCUCGACAAGUGACAAUGUUGCCGGUGCAAGUCCGGUACAGGACCAGAACUCAAUGCUGACACCACCGCCUGGACUUACAAGACGACCUUCUAUGACAGUACCUUGGCAGGUAGCUGAGGCCGUGCUCAUGACACCACAAACCAGUACAGGGCGUAAAAAGCUGGAGCUGGAUUCUGAGAACAGUUCGGGUGGACUAAACUCGUCCGCAGCUGAAGCCACGGCGAAUCUUGCCGGGUUCUCACUCCAGUCGUCAACACGGAGUCGAGUUAAUAUUGGGACACAUCCACCACCUCCAUCGUCGUCGUCCUUGGCAACGUUGUCGAGUUCUCCAUCAAGCUCGACAGGCACCUCGCAGCCAGGAGGUGCAACCGUGGUGGCUCGGCGUGGCAGCUUUGGUAAUGCCGCUGAAUUUUUCAAGUUUCGUCGUCGCAGCAAAAGCCGCUUGGAACUUGCACGUGACUUGUCUUUCGGCGAGAAUGGUGAGACGGGAGGAUACCCGUGCUAUGGCGCAGCUGGUUCGAUGCCCGGGAUCGCCGAGCGACACGGUGACGCUGAGGAUGGAACGCAUGACGGUUCCGGCGCGAGUUCAUCGACGUCAGGCAACGACGAAUCCAGCUCGCAAGGUUACACCGAUGAGGAUGUUGUGCAGGUGACAGGUGGCUACGACGAUACUGCAGAAAUCUCUGGCAGCUUUGUGUCUUUUUACAACGCUUCUCGGCAGCACCAGAGCGGUCUCUCAAGUUUGUCGAUUCCUCCCCCUCCCCCGCCACCGCCCGUGACCGAUGACGACGUCGGUUCUUCGACCACGUUGUUGACGAAGGGUCAGAGUGGGUUGCCCCUGAUGAGUCCGAACGGUGCGCGGCUUCGAAAGGUUGCAGAGUUGGCUCGCCAAGGCAGCUUAAGCAGUGAGGACAAGACUCGCGCGAAGGAUGAAAUUAUCCAGAGCUCUUUGGGUAUCGGUGCGAGCAACGCGGCCCGCCUGCUAGCUACGAAGAAGGAAGACUGGGGAGACCGUGUUUCAGCCACAGCACCGUCGGGAACGGCGCCACCUGGUUUCCCAGGUAUGCUGCGCACGACGACACCGAAAGCCUCUGCGAAAAAAAUGCUUGCACCUGGAUCUGGGACUGGACGUAGCAGUGCAGCAGAGCGGACUGGAUCGUCUAGCAUCUCUGCUAGUGCAGCCGCAGCAGCUGCUGCUCUUGGGGCCACGAUGCCGUCAGCGUCACCCGCUACUUCUCAACAAGCUGGUACAGCUAGUAGCAGCUUCCUGGAAGAGCGGCUUGCUGCUGCAGCCCAGAGAGUUGCCGAUUGCGUUGGCAAGGGUGAUAUGACAGGAUUCCAGCGGGCAAUGGAUGAGCUAGACUGGCUUCGUAACGAAGCUAGCAAGAUUAUGCGUGGUUGA